ACAUGUCUGUCAAAUUCCCCCUCCCCCUCGUAACAUUCAGCCAAUCGCGUGAAAUGUAAAGUUUUACGUGAUGACGCCACUGUCGUACGUCUCCCCACUUUAUGGAACCCACUAGCCAUAAAGCUAGUAACGAAUGAUGUACAAUAGUGAGUUUACACGGGGAUUUUACAAUAACAAAACAUAAAAACCCAAUACUAAUAAUAACCUCGCUUGAGUGCAUUUCGCAGCAACUCGUAACAAACGUGAGUUUUAAUUGCUUCGAGCCGACUGGAGCUUUCAUGAGUCGAGCCGAGUGAUGCUAGCAGGUGUUAGCAGGUGCUAGCCGGGCGGCGGAGGCAGAGCGUUCGCGGUAAUCAUCAUCAUGCCACUUCGGGCACUUGUGCACCGACGGCCGCCAACGCGUCAAGCCAUGUCGGAGUGAAUCGUGAGAGCGCGGACAGGAGCGAGAGGACCAGCGGGGGCGGGCGGCGGCUGGAGGGGAGCAUCUUGGGGAACGAUCGGACGACACCAGCAACCAUGGGUGAGCAGCCCAUCUUCAGCACGCGGGCGCACAUCUUCCAGAUCGACCCGACCACCAAGAAGAACUGGCUUCCCACCAGCAAACACGCCGUCACCGUCUCUUACUUUUUUGACAGCACCAGGAACGUUUACCGCAUCAUCAGCCUGGACGGAGCCAAGUCAAACCUUCCCCAGGCCGUCAUCAACAGCACCAUCACCCCCAACAUGACCUUCACCAAGACCUCGCAGAAGUUUGGCCAGUGGGCCGACAGCCGCGCCAACACCGUCUACGGGCUGGGCUUCUCGUGCGAGGGCCACUUGAGCAAGUUUGCGGAAAAGUUUGCCGAGUUCAAGGAGGCGGCGCGACUUGCCAAGGAGAAAUCGCAAGAGAAGGUGGAGCUCACCAGCGCGCCCCCGCAGGGCGGCACUGUCCGAAGGAGCGUGUUGCCCGCGUCCAAGAAGGCGUCCCCUAGCCGCCCUUUGCAGUCACCGCUGACGCCCGAGAGCGUGAACGGCGCAGAAGACGAGAGAGCAGCGGCGGACAGCCCUCAGCCCGCAGAGGCCCGAGCCGAACCCUCCCACAACGCACUUCCCUUCUCGCACAGUUCCUCCAGCAUCGGGAAGCACUUGGAGGCGGAGUUGGCGGCGUUGAAGGGCAACAACGCGAAGCUAACGGCAGCGCUGCUGGAAUCCACGGCCAACGUUAAGCAGUGGAAGCAGCAGCUGGCCGCCUACCAGGAGGAAGCGGAGCGGCUCCACAAACGGGUGACGGAGCUGGAGUGCGUGAGCGGCCAGAGCACGGCGGCCAGAUCGGCAAAAACGGAGCUGAACCGCACCAUCGAGGAGAUGGAGGCGGCGCUGAAGGCCAAGGAGGACGAGUUGGAGUGUCUCAAAGCAGAGGUGCAGAGUGCCAACCGCUUUCAGUCCCAAAGAGACUCGCUCGCGCACAAGCUACAGGAAGUGGAGCGUCGUAACGAGGCGCUGGAGGUGCAGCUGGGCGAGCUGGAGCGACGCCUGAACGCCAAUCUGCGGGAGCGCGAAGUCUUCCGCCAGAGUCUGCGCUCGCUGCUGCAGCUGCUCGACGGCAAGAUCUCGGAGCUGAGCGAGCUGCGCGACGCUCUCGCCAAGAUGCUGGAGUGCAGCUAGGGCUGCCGACCCAGCGGUGCUCCGAUGCCGAUCGAGUUGCGGCACGUGUGCACCUCGCCCGCGCCUCGAAUGCACUUCGAUUGCAGCUCGGAUGCACUUGGGUCGCAACUCAAGCGCACCUGGGAUGCGGCUCCAUGGUAGCUCGCGCACACCCGGGGGUCGGUUCGAUCGCAGCUCGGAUGCACCGGCGAAGCAAAUCGAUUGCACCUCCGGUGCACCUGGGGAUGGGGGCGG